AUGAAGAACCGUCCAAACGAACAGGAUGGUUCUACUGGACCUCUUUUUUAUGCGGAGCGUGUAUCGAAACGCGAGACGGACGUACAGAAGCUCUGGUCGACCUUCGUGCACACUCAUACGGCGCAUCUAACGGAUCCCCUGCCAUCAGCAACGCCACAGUCUAGAGCUCAGACUCGCGACUCUUUACGGACUCAUCUCGAUGCACUACACGUUAUGCAGAGCAGGCUCAGUCAACGCAUGAACUGGCUCACCGCAAUCUACUUGCUACCCGAUGAGUUACUGUCGCGGAUCUUCGUAUACGUUUGCGCCGCUCGCACACCAAAUCCUCCUCCUCCAACCGACCUGAUGAUGGUCUGUCACCGGUGGUGCUCUGUCAUCCAGACCUUUCCGGGAACAUGGGCAUAUCCACCUCUUUAUACGUCUCGCGCCAAGGUCGACGCCUUACUCUCAAGGUCAAAGUCAUCCGCACUUCACAUAUGCUGGGAGCUUCGUGGCAUACGCCCCAUCGAAUUUGAAACCACGGGCGCGCCAGAUGGCGAGCGCCUUCUCGCACCGAUAGUGGCUCGUUCCCGCACAAUCACAUUGGAAGCGUCAAGCCCUGUUCUCGCCGGGAUCGUGGGACAGAUGGGUAGCGCCAGGCCGGCUUCGAACUUGGAGACCCUUGUAGUGGUCGUCGAUUCUUCGCUUCCGCGGGCGCGGGCGCGGAUGACAGCCGCCACGCCACAAACUCGCAUGACUCCCGCCGUUUGGCCAAAGCAGAUGUUCGAUACCCCUCGGCUGCGCCACCUCAAGCUCUCCAACUUCUCCUACUUUGACUGGAGCCAUCCUCUUCUCUGCGAUACUCUGACAGCGCUUGAGAUCGGUUUCUAUGAUAGUUCCUGGGCGAUGCAAAAUCCGCUGAAUAAUCCCGGGCCUGCUGAAGCUGCUCCAUGCUCAUACAGUCGCCUAUUGGACGUCUUAGGACGGUUACGGUCUUUGGAAAAGCUGAUUUUGGUCCGCUGUGUCUCUACUUCCUUGAUUCUGGACCCAGAUUUCGAUGAGCAGAGAAAGAUCGACAUGAAGACCCUGCGAAUACUGAACAUGUACGAUAAACCCGGAGCAUGUGCGACUCUUCAUCGAACUCUUCGCCUACAUCAUGACGCACUCGCAUUGUACAUGAACAACUGGACCGGGCCUACCGACGCGGCCGACAUCGUCACGUUUGCGACCGCGCUCAGCCCCUCCAUCGAAAACAUCAAAAAGCCUCAGCUGCAUGUCCUCGUCAACGGGAGCCUGGAAAAGGGGAGAAGCGUCACCUUCAAUUUUUUCCGAGAUGGUCAUGACGGCAGAGUCGCGAUGAGUGUUCUGUACACUCCAGUCUCCGACGAUAUACCCAAUCCGAAUACCUGGCAUCACGAACUCGUGUUGAUCAUGGCGCAAUCGCUUCCGCUGGACAAGAUCCGUAGCCUUGAUAUCGAGAUCGCUGCACACCUACCACUGUUACCGCGCUCUAUGUGGCUGACGACGCUAUCUCGAGCCCGAAACAUUCGAGAAUUAGCUGUCGAAGCUCGCUCAAUGCCUGUUCUUUGGAGUCUCCUCCGCCAACAAUCCUCGCAGCUUGGAUGCUCAAUGUUGAUCUUUCCGCGCCUAGACAAUGUUCAUCUGGUUGGGGGAUGUCCGCGCCAGCUCAGAUUCCUCCAGUGGGUGAUACAAGAGGCAUCCGUCACACGCAAGCGCCAUGUCUUUGGCAUGACAUCCGACGUGCCGGUGGGGACCCCGCACUCUAAACAGGGCCCAGUAGUCUACCUCAGUGCCGAUGGCACUCGAAAGACGAUACAUGUCUACCCAUCGAACAACAGGUACAAGCCGAGGAUUAACUCAACUACCGCCACGAAAGUAUUGCAAGACCGAGGCGUGCAAGGGAAUUAG